AUGCUUUUCAUUUUCCUCUUAUAUUGGUCAUUUUUGUCAUUACCUGUGUCAGCUAUAACAUAUUAUAAUACAACUACAAUUCCAACUCAAGAAUUAGUUACGGUUUAUACUACAGUUUGUCCAGAAACAACUACAUUAACCCUUACAGCCUGCUCAAAUCAUAAAUGCAAUCCAACAAAAAUUACAGUCACUGAACCAACAACUUUAACAUUAACUAGUAUCUUAUGUCCAACUACAAUCACAAAAGGAGGAAAUGAUAUUACAACUAUUCCUGAGCCAACUACAUCAACUGAAGAAAUUGAAGUUACUAGAUUUCAAGUUAUUGAUUAUACAACUGUUUGUCCUGAAUCAACUAUUUUAACAAUUACUAGAUGUUCAAAUGAAAGAUGUCAUCCUUCUGUUACAACAAUUAAAGAAUCAGGUACAUAUACAUUCACAGGAAAAAUCAUUAUUUCAACAACUGUUUUUACUACUGAAACACCUACCCCAACAGCGACUACAGUGACUACAAUAUGUACAAGUGAAUAUGUUAUUGGAGGUAAACCAACUACUUAUACUACUACUGAAAAUGGUAUCAUCACAUUAACUAAUGGAGGUUUUACUACUUACACUACAUAUUUAACAACUGAAACAAUUGAAUACGGUAAGCCAACAACAAGUACUUAUACUGUAUAUUACCCUACAACUACAAUUGAAGUAACAACUUUCCAUGAUUAUGUAACUACUUUUCCAAAACCUACUGAAGUUAUUAUUCAAACUUGUAAUGAAUGUCAUCCAACAACAAUUUAUGCAACAAAAAGUCAAGUCCUAUCUUUCGAAACUGCCAUUAUAUCAUUAGAAGGUAUUAGUCAAGUUCCUGUUGUUCAUACAUCUACAAUUGUUAAUGAAUAUCCUUCGAACGAACCAAUUGCUGAAAGUACCACUGAAACUCAAGCACCAUCUGGUGUUAUUUCAAUUGCUGGUGGUAAGGCUUUGGGACUUGAAUCAUACUUGCUUGGGUUGGCUAUAUUCAUUGUUAAUCUUUUCGUUUAA